GACUCGCCUCUCAGCCGCCCGCCGCACAGACGCACGAGUAAAAAGUGCAGCUCCAUCGGCUGAUCCUCGCUAAGCUCCGACUCUGGGCGGCACCGGGCGUCCCACGAUGCCGAAGAACAAGAAGCGGAACACUCCCCACCGCGGUGGCAGUGCUGGCGGCGGCGGGUCAGGAGCAGCCGCAGCGACGGCGGCGACAGCAGGUGGCCAGCAUCGAAAUGUUCAGCCUUUUAGUGAUGAAGAUGCAUCAAUUGAAACAAUGAGCCAUUGCAGUGGUUAUAGCGAUCCUUCCAGUUUUGCUGAAGAUGGACCAGAAGUCCUUGAUGAGGAAGGAACUCAAGAAGACCUAGAGUACAAGUUGAAGGGAUUAAUUGACCUAACCCUGGAUAAGAGUGCAAAGACAAGGCAAGCAGCUCUUGAAGGUAUUAAAAAUGCACUGGCUUCAAAAAUGCUGUAUGAAUUUAUUCUGGAAAGAAGAAUGACUUUAACUGAUAGCAUUGAACGCUGCCUGAAAAAAGGUAAGAGUGAUGAGCAACGUGCAGCUGCAGCAUUAGCAUCUGUUCUUUGUAUUCAGCUGGGCCCUGGAAUUGAAAGUGAAGAGAUUUUGAAAACUCUUGGACCAUUCCUAAAGAAAAUCAUUUGUGAUGGGUCAGCUAGUAUCCAGGCUAGGCAAACUUGUGCAACUUGCUUUGGUGUUUGCUGUUUUAUUGCCACAGAUGACAUUACUGAACUAUACUCAACUCUGGAAUGUUUGGAAAAUAUCUUCACUAAGUCCUAUCUCAAAGAGAAAGACACUACUGUUAUUUGCAGCACCCCUAAUACAGUGCUUCAUAUCAGCUCGCUUCUUGCAUGGACACUACUGCUGACCAUAUGCCCAAUCAAUGAAGUGAAGAAAAAGCUUGAGAUGCAUUUCCAUAAGCUUCCAAGCCUCCUCUCUUGUGAUGAUGUAAACAUGAGAAUAGCUGCUGGUGAAUCUUUGGCACUUCUGUUUGAAUUGGCCAGAGGAAUAGAGAGUGACUUUUUUUAUGAAGACAUGGAGUCCUUGACACAGAUGCUUAGGGCCUUGGCAACAGAUGGAAAUAAACACCGGGCCAAAGUGGACAAGAGAAAGCAGCGGUCAGUUUUCAGAGAUGUCCUGAGGGCAGUGGAGGAACGGGAUUUUCCAACAGAAACCAUUAAAUUUGGUCCUGAACGCAUGUAUAUUGAUUGCUGGGUAAAAAAACACACCUAUGACACCUUUAAGGAGGUUCUUGGAUCAGGGAUGCAGUACCACUUGCAGUCAAAUGAAUUCCUUCGAAAUGUAUUUGAACUUGGACCUCCAGUGAUGCUUGAUGCUGCAAUGCUUAAAACGAUGAAGAUUUCUCGUUUUGAAAGGCAUUUAUAUAACUCUGCAGCCUUCAAAGCUCGAACCAAAGCUAGAAGCAAAUGUCGAGAUAAGAGAGCAGAUGUUGGAGAAUUCUUCUAGAUUUUCAGAACUUGAAGACUAUUUCCUAAUUUCUAUUUUUUUUUUCUAUUUCAAUGUAUUUAAACUCUAGAGACAGUUUUUAUCUUGGAUUAACUUAGAUAACUUUUGUAGUAGUGGUUGUAUUGCUUAUAAUUUAAUGUACAGUAUUGAAACUGGUGAGUUCUGAUUAUUAAAUAUUCUCUGUAAAUCAGUAAACAUGUAUAAAGUAUUUGUAAUGUUUGGUCAUAAUUUAUUUAUGAAGACAGCAAAAGACUUUGAUUUCAUGAUGGGGAAAACAAUUAGCCAAAGUUUAAUUUCUUACACUGUGGUUGUCAAGAAUACUGAUUUACUAUAAUGAUAUAUACAUACAAGAUAUUUAACUUAAUAUCUUAGACAAGAGUUCUGGAUACAAUUUUGGGAUCUAGUUCCCCUGGAAAAGCUGCUGUGUUUUUAAUUUUUAAUGGAAUGUAGCUUUUAAAAUCCUGUCACUGGCAUCAACAAAAGGAAUUAUACCAUUGAGACCAUAUAGCUGUACUUAAAAGCCAUUCAGUUCAGCUAUUGGGAGUUCAUGAUGAAUUAGCAUAUGCCAGAAAGGUUGCUAACCUUAACCUCUGAGAGCAGUAACACUGAUUUUAUCUGCUGUAUGAGACUUUGUGCAUUUUACUUUGAAAUAAAGAUUUUUUUCCAUACUGAAA